AUGAAUGACACUUCUGAUUUCAUGAUCAAGCCCGACAACUCGGGCCCAAGUCUCCGAUUUUCUGAAUGGCCUUUACUCUUGAAGGACUAUGAUAAGCUACUUGUGCGCAGCAGCCAUUUCACACCAAUUCCGCACGGCUGCACGCCACUGAAGCGCGAUAUCCUGACGUAUGUGAGCAGUGGUGUGAUCAAUUUGGACAAGCCAUCCAACCCUUCGUCGCACGAAGUAGUUGCUUGGCUUCGUCGUAUUCUGCGUGUGGAAAAGACAGGUCAUUCCGGUACGCUUGACCCGAAGGUAACGGGGUGUUUAAUUGUAUGUAUCGACCGAGCAACGCGCCUGGUCAAGUCUCAGCAGGGUGCAGGCAAGGAGUAUGUGGCUGUUCUUCGCUUGCACGACAAACUCGACGAUGUGAGCAAGUUGCCUCGCGUGCUUGAGACACUUACGGGCGCUCUGUUUCAACGCCCACCUUUGAUUUCGGCUGUGAAGCGCCAGCUUCGUAUCCGAACGAUUUACGAAUCUAAAUUACUCGAAUUCGACAAUGAUCGUCACUUGGCAGUAUUCUGGGUCAGCUGUGAGGCAGGCACUUACAUUCGUACUUUGUGUGUGCAUCUUGGACUUUUGCUGGGUGUCGGUGGCCACAUGCAAGAGCUGCGUCGUGUUCGCAGCGGUGCAUUGAGUGAAGACGACAAUAUGGUGACAAUGCAUGACGUUCUGGACGCGCAAUGGUUGUAUGAUAACCAACGAGAUGAAUCGUACCUUCGACAUGUGAUCCGCCCACUCGAAUCACUCCUGGUCGGCUACAAGCGUAUUGUCGUGAAGGACAGUGCUGUAAAUGCUGUUUGCUACGGCGCAAAGCUCAUGAUUCCUGGCUUGUUGCGCUUUGAGUCGAAUAUUGAACUGAAUGACGAGGUGGUCUUGAUCACCACUAAAGGUGAAGCCAUUGCCAUCGGCAUUGCUCAGAUGACUACCGUUGAUCUGUCGACAUGUGAUCAUGGUAUUGUCGCGAAGGUCAAGCGCUGUAUUAUGGAGCGCGACACCUAUCCACGCCGCUGGGGUCUGGGUCCGAAGGCUUUGGAAAAGAAAAAGCUUGUUAAAGAAGGCAAGCUCGACAAACAUGGUCAUGAGAUCGAGGGCGUCACACCCGAGAAGUGGUCGAAAGAAUAUGUCGAUUACUCAAAGCCUGACGCUGAUAGAGCUGCCGACGAGCCCACAACAGGGCCUGAUACCUCGAUGAUGUCGAAGAGCGAAGCAGCUGAUGAUGACGACGAUGAAGCAAACGAGACCGAAGCUGAAGACGAAGCUGACAUCGAACCUGAGGCUGGCGAUGCGUCUUCCAGUGAGAAGGCUAAGAAACGCAAGGCUGAUGCGGAUAGUGAGGACAGGGAAGAAACAGAAGAGGAGCGUAAGCGUCGGAAGAAGGAGAAGAAGGCAGCCAAGAAAGCACUUGAAGCAGCGGGCGAGACGAGCGAGAAGAAAGAGAAGAAGGACAAGAAAGAAAAAAAAGAAAAGAAGGAGAAGAGGAAGGACUAA